AUGAUAGGUUUGCUGUUGAAUACUAUAACUGCUGUUGUCGAUAUAUUCAAGCCGAACCCGGGUGGCUUUGCCAAUUUGGUCCUCUUAGCUGAACCCGUAUUCCCUGCCCUCAUUGUUCAAGUCGACGUCUCCUCUUUCACUCUCUCCAUGUGUAAUCCCAAAACCGUCCACAAACAUGUUUGCGGCCACUACGUCCUCGACCGGCCUGAAAACGGCUGCGCGAAAUCAACACGCAGUAGGCACAGUCCGCUAAACUAUGACUUCGAUGUACGCGCUCCCUGCGAGGCCCUCAUGUAUGAGCCUCUAGCAUCCGGGGAUUUCCGAAAUGAAUGCUAUUUUGAGGGCAAGAGGAUUCGAAUACAGGUGUACUUCAGCCCUGUCUUUUGUUACGCGGAGGAUCAAAAGUGGAAGAAAGAGGAAGCAAAGGAGAAAAAGGCGGCAGCGCCGAGGUUGGGAUUGAAUGAGGAUGGUCCGAGUAGUAGUGGGGUAUCGAACGAUACGCUUGCGAAACCGAGGGAAGUUGAGAAGAAACCAGAAUGUUACAAUGUAUGGGAAUGGUGCACCGGUAAUAUACUCUGGGCUAUUUUGUUCCCAGCUGUUGAUCUUUGUCUGAGAGGUACAGCAUCUGUUCGCACUGCCGGGCUGGAAGAGCUGUUCAAUAUCAUAACAGACCAUGCGAAGCCUGUACUUCUCAGAGUCGCCAGCAGCAGGACUAAUUCCAUCCCAGAACGAGCCGUCGGAGAACUCAUGGGUUUCCAGAUUUGCCAAUUGAGUCCAGGAAACAAGAGACUCCGAGGAAUAACAUCUCUUGUGACUAUGGAAUGUCAGGUGUUGCAGAUUGCAGCUAUCAAGUCGGUAGCUCCCCAGCUCUUUGCAAAACGCAUAAACGGUGCCAUCCACCUAGAAGUCAAGCCUACAUGCCUGGUGUUCCGUUACGAUGCCGCGAAUAUCGAGCAGAUUGAGCCCCUGCCAGUCCUCAAGUUACCACGCAACUAUCUUCCUUCCAUCCUGACAUAUGCGACUGUAGCUCCGAUGGGAAUAGGGUUGAAGUGGGUAAAUUGUGGUUGCUUGAUAGUCAUGGCGAAAUUAGAUUUGAAGGUUCUCAUCGAAGGACCAAUGCUUGAAGCUGGAUGCGCAUGGGCUUUGGAUGUUCCAAGGUUAGAUGUUGAGACGCCGCGAAUCACGAAUGUAAAGGAACCGGAUUGGGACAAGCACUCACUCACGCCAAAACUUAUCGAAUGUCAUGUUGAGUCGACGCUCAAACAACGCAUGAUGCACGAACCAGGAUCCUUACCCUUAGCAUCACAAAACACGGUGGGCAAAACAAAUCUCACGUUUCAGCUUGCAGCUUCACCUCUGCCGACAGGACCCUCUACGUCACACUACACUUCCACAUCAACCAUCAAAUAA